AUGAUAUUCACUUCAGUUUGCGCUGUGACUUCAGGCGAAAACCACAACAAUCUUGGUGCGCAGAAAAGCAUACCGUGUAGCGACCGCUCGAAUAUUGGAAAUACCGUAUAUAGUCGUGCAUGAAAUAAGCAUUGUGUUUCCUCAAGUUUUCGAGCCGCCAAUUGCGUGCAAUCGUGUUAAGAGUCAUUUACUAGUUACUUCUAUUAAUCAGUGAGUUUGCCAGUGAAUCAGUCGGUCAGUUGGUGAGCCGUAGCAGUGCCAAAUCAAAUCUACUAUAACAGCAGUCUAGCGUCACAGGCAAACACGAACGCUCCUCCAAGGAACUGCAUGAAACACAUAUUUUUACACAAUGGAACUCGUUACUACAGUGGACCAAUGUGAGAAGUCUCAAAUAGCCCAAUGGUAUGCGGGCAAGAGCAUACUUAUUACCGGUGCCACAGGGUUUAUGGGCAAAGUGUUGGUGGAGAAAUUGUUGCGCAGCUGUCCAGAUGUAAAAAAUAUCUAUCUACUGAUUAGAUCCAAGAAAGGUGUCGACCCUUUGACACGCAAGGAUCAAUUCUUGAAAUGUGUGAUUUUUAAUAAGAUUUUAACAGAAAAUCCAGAUAUUGUGAAUAAAAUUCAAGUAAUCAAGGGUGAUAUAUUAGAACAGAAUCUUGGUUUGAGUGCGAAUGACACAAACGAAUUAAUAUCUAAUGUUGAAAUAAUAUUUCAUUGUGCUGCUAAUGUACGAUUUGACCAACCACUACGGCCUAUGGUUCAAAUGAAUGUUGUGGGCACACUGAAAUUACUGCAGUUGGCGGAAAAAAUGGCCGGCCUCCAAGUUAUCAUACACGUAUCGACGUCAUACUGUCAAUGCAACGAGAGUGUUUUGGAAGAGCGCGCCUAUCCAGCACCACAGAAUCCAUACGAUAUAAUAAAAAUGGUGGAAGAAAUGAGCGAUGAUGCAUUGCAGGAAAUCACACCAAGACUCUUGAAUGGACUGCCCAAUACAUAUGCCUAUAGCAAAGCUCUCACCGAAGAUCUGAUGUGCAGAUUUGGAAAAAAAUUGCCUAUCGUUAUUACCCGACCAUCCAUUGUUACUGCAGCCAUUAAGGAACCCUUGCCUGGUUGGAUAGAAGGUGUUAAUGGGCCUACCGGUCUUAUGAUUGGCGCAGCACGUGGCGUCAUCCGUUCAAUGCAUUGCAACCCUGAAUAUUCGUCAACCGUGAUACCAGUAGAUAAAGCUAUCAAUGGAAUGAUAGUUGCGGGUUACAAUCACAGCAAGUCAGAGAAAAAAGAAAAUGUGGAAUUUUGUAAUCUUUGCAUAUCAAAGAAAGCCCUAUUUUCGUGGGGUGAAAGUAUUGAGACUGGAAAGCGAUUUUUCUGUAAAUAUCCAUUAAGCUUUGCUUUAUGGUAUCCAGAUGGAUCAAUCAAAAAGAAUUAUUACCAUCAUUUGCUUUGUGUGAUUUUCUUUCACUAUCUGCCGGCAUAUCUGAUAGAUUUCUUAUUAUUACUUUUUGGGCGUAAACGAUUCAUGCUGAAAGUACAGAAAAAAGUCUCAACUGGACUGAAAUUAUUGCAGUACUACACGACUAAAGACUGGGACUUUCGAAAUGAGAAAUUUCAAAGUUUAUGCGAUAGUCUGAAUCAAAUAGAUCAAGAAAUUUUCGACACCUCUGUCAGUCAAGUCAAUUGGGAGCUAUAUAUACGUGGCUAUAUUAUCGGCAUCCGUAAAUAUAUACUUGGAGAGAGUGAAGAUACAAUCCCAAAAGCAAAGAAGGUUCUACGACGAUUAUAUAUCCUGGAUCGUAUAACCAAAUACACUAUUGGUAUAUUAAUUUUCUGGUUUUUGUGGGCUCAUCUAGAGUUCUUUGUUGAACAAAGUGAUGCUAUAAUACGCUCAUCGUUGCAUAUAAUUUAUAGAGAUAAUAAUAAAACUCUACAUAUAUAGUACAA